GUUUUGAAAAUUGUGAGACUUUUGUUUUGACUGUUUAUAAUUUUGCAGGGGGAUUCACAUCAGUAUUUGUUGGUGUUAUGUGUUUACCUUGGCCUAUAAGGUACACCUUACUACUGAUAUAUAUAACUUUUGCCUUGAAAGCACUGCAUGCUGCAGUGUUUGCUGUUGGACCCUGGGAACGUCGGAUUAGUUUUGCUGCAAUGUUUAUUAUGCGUUUAUGCAUUCUGUGUGUACGUUAUACACCCUACGGUGGUGGACACCCUGAGGGUGGAUUUUUAUCAGGGCUGUGGAGUCAGAGUCAUGGAGUCGUAAUUAGAGUUGGGCAGAUUUUGGGAAGACCAGCAAUUUGCGUUCCCCUCACGUCUGCACAGAAACGCGCUCGUUUGAACUGGAGUUUGAAACAUCAACAAUGGAGUGUGGGAGAGUGGGCCAGUGUGAUGUUUAGUGACAAGUCCCAGUUUAGUCUGAGUUCUGAUUCUCGUCGGGUAAUGAUAUGGAGAGAACGUAGAACACGUUUUGAACCAAGAAACAUAUCGGAAAGACAUCAUUUUCCAUCAAUGGGAAUAAUGGUAUGGGCAGGCAUCAUGAUGGAUGGCCGCACAGAUCUCCAUUUCUUUGACUUGGGGUCUGUGACUGGUCAAAGUUACAGAGACGAAGUUCUUGAGCCUUAUGUUCGCUUGUUUCGAGGUGCUGUCAGUUCUGACUUCAUAUUCAUGGAUGAUAAUGCUCCAUGUCACCGAGAAGUGCUGGUUGAUGACUUCCUUGAAACGGAAAACAUCCAGCGCAUGUCGUGGCCUGUGAACUCGGACACCAUUAAAACACUGCUUGACGGAAGUUACUGCUCGAACUAUGAAAAAGUCCGGUUCCUGAAAACAACGAUGAAGUUUUGGUUGUUAUGUUUUCGACGUUUCGUGACUGGAUCCGGGCAGCUCCCCGAGUCUCUCAGAUGUGCCUUAUAUCAUGUUUUUAUGCAAGACUUCUGGUCACUGGUUGGAGCUGUUGUAAGCGCUUCACUCAUUCCUGAGAGGUGGUUGCCUGGGAAAUUUGACUAUGCAUUUAAUAGCCACAAUAUAAUGCAUGUGUUGGUUGUUCUAGGUGGCUUGCAUAUGCAUUGGGCUAUGGAGAAAGAUUUCCAGUGGGUUUCUGAAAACCAGUGCUCUAAAUAAACAUGCCUUACAGCAGAGUUUCAAGUUGACAUAAUUACUUUAGAGCUUUUUUUAAAUUUGUUACUUUAAAUCCUCUAUGUCCACCUGUCACUGAGGUAUGAAUGGAAAAUAAUUAUUUCCUUCGUAUAAAUAUUGAAUGCAAUUGAACUAUUGAAACAUAGAAGUACAUUUAAAAUAUCUUUGUUUUCUCCCAUAAUUGUAAAGUGCAACAUAACUGCUGAAAUCUGGCAUGCUAUGUUAAAUAGUUAAAAUACUCAAUGAUUUAUCCUAGAAAGAAAAAUACUAUAAAAGAAGUGUGGAAAGCUUUCUUAUUUUUCAGUACUGUUUAAUCUGAAUUGAUAAAAAAAUAUUGAAUAAAAUGGAUACUAUAACGUUGUUUAUGUAACAAAUACUUAAUGAUUUAUUGUAUGCAGAAAAAUUUUGAAAGUUUAUAUAUUUAUACUGUUACCUACAUAAUAUCUUAAAACAAAUAAAAUUUUUUAAAUACAAGAAGUUAUAAACUUUGGGUGAUAUUGAGUCGCUACGUGAAAUUUCUUUGUUUCAUGUGCAAAAAUUAUCAUAAUACAAAAGAUUAAAUAUCUUGUUAAAUACCAUUAAAGUAGAAAUUUAUUAAUUUGGUGGAAGUUUAGUAUAAGUGCUUAUUGAUUUAAAAAUAAUCUGAAGGUUGUAUGUUUAAAUUAUCUUCUGACAUUAAAAAACAACUUUUGAAAUAAUAAUAAAAAAUAACUCUUAAAAUAAUAAUAAAAGGUAAUCUUAAAUUAACUCUAAAUAAUAAGGUUAUUUUCUUUUUUAUGGGAUCUGUGGUGAAAAAGAUUUGCAUAGAGAAUAAAUAACCAUAUUUGAAAUUAAAUGAAAUGUGGCCUUUGUGGAGUCUUAAAUCUUUUUACUAAGUUUCUAUUAUUUGCACAGAUAAAUAUCUUUGACAGUCAACUUGAUAAUGACUUAUUGUACUUAUUGUUCCAUUUAUAUAAGUUACUUAUCUAUGUUUUUUAGCCCAUUUCUUUCCGCCCUUUUAAUGUCUGUCUUCCGGUUGAGAACUCAGCCUAUCAUGCUAUUUUAAUUUGCACUUUUUCUGUUUUCCUUUUUCUUUUGGGAAAAUCAUUUAGCUUCCAGAAUUUACUCACUUGAUAGACGAUUAUAUAAUCUGAAUUCUUUUGGAUUUUCCCUUUCUGAUGCAAUAUAGUUUUAAGUAAUCUUGAUGUGAGCAUGUGCAUUUGUAAAGAACUAAAUGUACUUCUUUUCUUUCAAAUGUUCCUUAAUGUUGUUCUUGGAAUUCCUUAAUGUUGAACAAUAAAAUUGUCUUAUAUUUUGCUGUUUUAAACAAAAUGUUAUAAUUUGAUAAUUAGAGAUAAGUUAAGAAUUGCAAAUCAGCUAACAUUAAGGACUUUUGAGGAUUUUCCUCCUUACAUUACAGUAAAAGAAUAGUGUUCAAAUGAUAUAGUAAAAAGAAUUAGUUGCAUUUUUGUGAAACUGAUGGGGAAAAUUGAAUCUGUGACACUUUUAAAGUUAUAAAUAUUUUAUUUAAUUUCGUGCAGAUUAUUUCUGUAUUAAAAAGUAUUUAAAAAUUAUGUUAGAAAAAGAUAUAUGCCAUGAAUAUUAAUGGAAUUGCUUUAAAUUCUCUUUCGAAGUCACUCAGCAACCUUGCUUAACCUCUUAUUUUAAUCAAUUCUUAGAAAGGCAUAAUUAGGCUUAUUUUUAUAUUUGUAUGCACUCACAAACACAUGCUUUUAAAGAAAUGUAUAUAGAUAUAAAUACAUAUUUUGAGCACACUUUCAUGACCAAUUUUUAAUGCAUUUUGUAAUGUUAAAGUCUUAUUUAAAUUCCAUUUGAUUUUUUUUUUUCAAUGGCGGGCACUAGCUGUUAAAGGCAUUGGCCGCAUAAUAAGGCUUUAAUUGAUGGUCACUUUAUUAUGGAGGCACCUAACAAGUGGGCAACCAUUGCCUCCUGUGAAAGGGCAGGCAGUUUACAUCCAUGCCUUCUCUGGGAUUCAAACUGUGCCCUUCAGUUUGGCAGUCCGAGUCGGUAAUCACUUUCCCUUCCGGGCAGCUUUGCCAGUGCUAAGACCGGAAGCGGUAGUCAGUUUAUUAUGGAGGCACUUAAUGGGUGGGCCGCCAUCGCUUUCUGUGAAUGGACAGACAAUUUACAACCAUGCCUUCACCAGGAUUCAAACCCGGGCCCUUCAGAACAGCAGAAGUCAUUGACCACUUUUCUAUUUGGCGGCAUUCCAUUUGAUCUUGUUUGGACUAUUUAUUCUGAAACUUAUUAGGGCUUUCUACUAGCUACUUUAGGUCUUACCUAUUUAUAAAGUGUUUUUAUUCUCUGUUUUAUAAAUUUCUCUUGCAAAAGCUAUGAUUCUAUUUUAAAUUAGAAUUUAAAAUCUGAUUCAGUUCCUUAAAUUUUCAUUCAUUCAAUACAUCCAAAAAAUUUGAUAGAAUUUUGAAAGGCAGAAUUUUGCUGUGUAAGAUUUAUGGAUUACUGUAAUUGUCAAGAAAGGUGAACAUAUGUAUUAUUCUUAAUCCAAAUUUAAGGCAUUCUAAUUCAAAUUUAUAGUUCAACAGAUUUUUUUAUUUGCAAGAUAAAUUUGCAAAGCAGUAUUGUUUAUUUGAAAGCUCUAACUAAAGAUGCAACUUGUUAAUUUGAAACUCUGCCAUACUAUCAUUGCACAAGAGUAUCUAUAUACAUAUAUAUCAAUAUGUCUAUAUAUAUACUUUUUCAUUAUAUUUAUGAGACAUUCAACAGUCACUAGCCCACAGUAUAAAUCAAUUCCUUCCAUAUACACUAAGCACAUAUUGUGUUUUAGAGAUUUAUUUUUAAUGUACUGUGAGAUUUUAUUUAACUUUUUACAAUUCGUAUAAUGUCUGACAAAUCGUAAGUUGUAACUUUUAUUUCUGUUAUGUGUAUUUUAUUUGUAAUGUUACUCUGAAAAGUUCAUUUUAUUUUUAGAGUAUAUGCAUAAAAAGUGUAUGAUAUAAAAAUAUAAUGAAAAAAUCUUUUUUGAAAUAGUAAGCUUCAUGUUGCUGGACUGUUCUCCGAAACUUGGCCUUUUCUUAUAUUGCUGAUGAUAGUGAUGAAAAAUAUUUAAUAAACACUUAUUACAUUUUAAAA